AUACUUGGCUCGCGUUGCUCCUCGGCCGAGGGAGCGACGUUCAGGCUGCGAUGUGAGGAGCAACUCCGAGAGACUCGCUGGUAAAAAAACAAAACAAAAAAAAAGGCAAAGUUAUGGCCCGUUCAUCCCCGGAGGAAAAGGCCCCGCAGCAAUCUGUCUCUGCCAGAAAGUCCCUCACCGGUGAUGCGCACAUCCUUCUGGGACUCACAAACCCGCGGCGAGAAGACUCCAAAUUACGCGUCAAAUUGAACUAAUUGAAUAUUGGUGCAGCAGCGCGUCGAGGACUGCAGGAUAUUUCAGUUUGGAGAGUUGAGCUGGGCGAGGGCCACCAUGCAACAGGCCUGUGAAGCGAAGAUAACCAGCUCACAGCCACACACAGUCAUGCGCAUCUUGACAGUCUAUUGUUACAAAUUGGAUUGGAAGAAAUUAGGAGGAGGAGCGCUUGGAAAGGAUUGAAAAAGGUUUAAAACUAAUCUUGUUGCAAACGUUGUUACAAGUGCCCCUCGACCAGCGUGAGGAUGACACACGGAGAAUCGGAGUCCUGAGUUUAAUCUCCAACUCCAGAGGCUUCAGGCGUUCUACCAAAUCUGCAUUAACAGUUAAACCAAGGCAGCCAUGAACCUGUUCAGGAAGGACGCCUCGAAGAAGGAGAAGGCUAAAGAAAUCAAUUAUGAGGAUCCUCCAGAUGGAGGUUGGGGCUGGAUGGUGGUGCUGCAUUGUUUCCUGGUAAACGUCCUAGUGAUGGGAACACUAAAGAGUUUUGGCAUCUUCUUUGUGGCUUUCCAAGAUGAGUUUGGAGGCUCAUCAGAAAGCAUCAGCUGGAUCGGUUCCAUCAUGUCCAGCCUGCGUCUGUCGGGAGCGCCCAUUGCCUCUGUAGCCUGUGCCAAGCUAGGAACCAGGGUGACCUCCAUCACUGGGGCGGUGCUUGUCAGUGGAGGGUUCAUCAUCAGUAUUUUUGCCAACAAUGUGGUGUACCUCUACUUGAGCAUGGGAGUCAUAGUUGGAAUUGGUUUUGCACUACUUUACCAAUCCUUCUCAGUCGUAACAGCGCUGUACUUCCGAAGGAGGUUAGCGACCGCGUAUGCCAUUGGGCGUUCUGGUAUGGGUUUGACUUUUGCCCUCGCUCCCUUUACUCAGUGGCUCUUGGACCGGUACGCUUGGCAAGGUGCAAUGCUGAUUCUUGGCGGUCUCAUGCUGAAUCUGGUAGCCACUGGGAUGCUCCUGCGACCAAUCCAUGUGAAGCCUCCAGUUUCAAACCCUAACUCUUGUCCUAUCCAAAAGAGCCCUUCUGCCUCCCUUAAGAGCUAUUCAGAGAAGGACUACACUAAGAGCUGCUUGAAUGGCUCCUCUUGGGUAUCCAAUGGCAUCUCCAAAGCAGACUCAUUCCCAUUCCCUCUUCUUACUCCUUCUCCUUCUCACGGGGAAACUGAGAACCUUGGGGGCCAAUGUACUCAAAGACCCCCGGACCAGUCGGUGGAUCCUGAACAUACCAGACUUGUCCUCAAUGGUGUCAAUGGAGAGAAGCCUCACGACUCGGCUCAGUGUAAACCCACGUCUCCAGACGUCUCAUCGGAGCACCACGGCAGCGUGAAUGGGUCCACCCCCGUAGGAAUUCCUGUGCAUGCCAGCACUCCAAGCGAGGUGACCGUCAUGCAAACCAAAGUACUGGAUUUCUCCCUGCUAAAGGACCCAUUCUUUUGUAUCUACACUUGGUCCUUGGUCUUCAGCCAGUUGGCCUACUUCAUCCCCUAUUUCCACCUGUCUGCUCGAGCCAGAACCCUGGGCAUUAAUGCCAUGGACGCUUCCUUCAUCAUCUCUGUGGCAGGUAUCACAGAAACCAUCGCCCAGCUGGCCUCAGGCUGGGUGACGGACAGGAACCUGUUCCACAAAUACCACUCCCACAAGGCCUACCUGAUCCUCUGCGGCCUGGUCAACCUGCUCUCCCCACUGGCGACCUCUUACCUUCUGCUGAUGGUUUACGCCGUCUUCUUUGCCGUCUUCUGCGGUGGAUACAUGGCCCUCCUCCUCCCCGUUCUAGUCGAUCUCGUGGGGGCAGAGAAGCUCAACAACUCCAUGGGCUUCUCCAUGUUCUUUGUCGGCCUGGGUUGCCUGACAGGACCUCCUUUGGCAGGCUUCUUGUACGACUACACUCAGACGUACGACUGCUCAUUCUACUUGGCCGGGCUCUGCUAUCUGCUCUCCUCCGUCUCUCUGUUCCUGGAGCCGCUGGCUCAGCGCUGGAAGGCCAAGAACAAAGUAACCCGGACCAAGACCGCAGAAAGCAGCUGUAAGACCAACGGCUGUUUCGCCCCUGACCGCCUGCAGAACGGCGCUGUGUAGGAAUGAAACCCGGGGAAAGGCCUUCGAUCCUGAACCAGCAUGCUCGCGACUUGCCGUCAGCGGGCCUGCAUGCCUUGGACCUUGGACUCGGGCUUUAGACCGCGGACCCAAGUGACCCUUAAUUUCAGCAGGAGUGAAUCACGGGCCGAGGAAACCCCCGGCAACGUCUCUGAGAACAUGCAGGACGGCGGCAACUGUGUGUUUAUGUUGAACUGUUAAAGAGCCACAACUGUAGUGUUCUGCUGAAUAUUUACUACUUCUCAGAGGAAGAUGCAUCCGAAACUAAGAAUAUAGUUCAUCCAACAGAUUCGAAUGCUUGCUGCUUUGCAAUCAUAACAACUCAAACUAAAUAUGUUUUUCAAUUCAACACCAAACCUGCAUUCACUUUGCAGAAUCCUGUUAUUUAGGUUUUAUCACUGCAAACAAAGCUUACACAGUUGAGCUUGAAGUCCCUUUCCAAAAUUCUCCUCCUGUUGUUUCUGUAAUGGCAUUUAAUAGAAGCACAUAUCCGUGAUGAAUUGCCUCUCAAUUGAUUUUUAUGGAAGCCUUCAUCUGUGUCUGUAAACCUGUACUCACUGGUAUGCACUUUGGGCCAAGUCGUGAUUUAUGCUGCAUGAUUAUUAAGGUACUGAGCAACUACUGAAAGUGAAAAUGUUGCUUUUUUCACGUGGACGUCUAGUCAGUUAAAUGCAGACAAUUAAAGUCCUCAGCGACACCGAUAUGAAAGAGAAGCUUGAUUUGUGCAGCUGGCCGAGUCGUGCUGGCUGUGCCUUUUAGCUUCUGACUCAGCGUUCUGCGUCGGGUUCGAGCACAGCGAGUAAUGCAUUGCUUCCAACCGCUACAUUUAACGUCCCCACUGAUUGGACAUCCACAACCUUCCCCUCUUUGUUGCCUGCGUGACAUAAUGUGCAAACUGCUCAUCAAAGCCAAAAAGCAGCAAACGCUUCAAGUACAAAAGCCUCUGGCCACAACUCUAUCAUUGCAGACACAGGGAUGGAUUGUUCCGCGUGUGCUACAGCAUUUAGAUGUUUAUUGAUAUGCCGCCCAUCGUUUUGAUCCGUCAAAUAAACCAGCAUUGUUAGACAUUCAAACCUCAACUUGUUGAGUGCUUUCCCCUAUAGAUUGUUAUGGAAGGGAUGUUUGAAAUGUUUUAUUUUCCUUUUUGACCCUUUUAUAUGUAGUCAUACCUUCAUCUACUAUGAUGUUUUAACACAUUCUACAGGGUUUGCGCCAGCGUUUCGCUUGCAAGCGAGCACGCUUUUCUUUUUUGAAAUUAUCUCAGCACUUCAGCAGCGACUAUCUCAAAUCUACCGACUAGAAACUGCCCUGUUUAUUCCAUGGCUCAGUAAUGACUCCUUUUAACAACUUGUCAUCUUGUCACACCCAGCUCACUGUCUGAACUUUUCUAUGCAAGUACACAGAGAGAUCUGUCAUCGACAGCUCACUUGCACACCAUUUGAACUCUUAACUGCAAAGAUACACUGAGUGAAGAAGCCUGUUUCGAUCACAGUAAGACUGCUGAUGAGCUCCGCUGAAGAGCAGGUUUCUUUGUGUCAUUGUAUGUGAUUGAGUGUAGUCUUUUCUACCUUGAAUGUCUGUUCCUCUAAAGAGGUUUUGCUGUUGUUUCCCAUUUAAACUGGAAUGGUAAAAAACGGUUGCCAAGCCUCUACAGUGCCUGCAGGCAGCCAAUUGUUGGUAUUGCAAUUCAAGAUUAUUUUGUGAUUAUGUUUGGGGGGGGUUUGUUUUGGUGUCUUCAGUUCUUGUUGUUCACCACCGUUUGCCUUACAUGGUACUAUUAUGUAUCUUUACUAACUUUCCUGUGAUGUCAGCCAAAGACACAUUAGAAACCAACCUACAACUUGAAGCUUCAUGUUAGUCGAAAAUAGCUUGGACUGUCGAUAUAAUUGAAAUUACGAUGUUCAUCCAUUGUUGUCAUUUUGAGGUCUGAGGACAGACCAGAAUCCAGUUCUGGACGUGCGUUUUUUUGUUACGCCGCCCUCUUGUGGCAAAGGACAGCCUCUACGCAAAGAAUGCUGCCUCAAUUAGUACCAAAUUAUUCCCCGUCGUCUCACUUUCACAAUACUGAGCAGGGCUCUUUGUGUUGUUUCGACAGUCACGCACAAAAGCUCUUUUGGCUCACGAGUUUCAUUCACAGCCGGUUUGCUUUUGAGGUGGAAGGCCACUGAAUAUUUUGUACCAUAAUAAAUCUUUUAUGAAAUGUAUGUGACGCUUUAAGUAGAUUUGGGUUUAUUUUACUUGUUUAGUUAUCUGGAUAUUUGAGCGAUAUCUUGAAAUAAUUUGUGUGUCCCUUCUUAAACGCCGCUGAUAAUUAACUGUUGCAGCAAAUGCAUCUAUGGGUGAAGCACUGUUAUGUUAGAACUGUCUCGUGGACGUUUGAACUGAUAGUUUAAAAAAUAUGCUUAACCAAUCAUAGAUAUCCAAGGUCAUUCUUUGAGCUGUUUUUUUUAAGCCUUGUAAUAGUUCGCAGUCAGCUGAAGAAAAGCUGUCAUGUGACUGAAGUCAGCUUUUGUUUGAUUCAGAUAAUAAAUGAAGUGAUGCCACA